CAAUGGAUUUGUUUACUACUUUUGAACUUUAUCGUGUAGAUAACACUUAGUAGUUUUUGAUUAUGGAAAAGGGGUCUCUUAAAAAUAAACAAUGGUCUAAUUAUUUUUAAUUAAAAAAUUAGCAUUUUUUGGAUUUUGUUACGAGUGCGGCGACCAACUAAAGAACCCCCAAAAUCGUAAUGGGUAAUGAAAUUAAUAAAAUUUAAUUAUUUCAAUUUUAUAAGAUUUCGAGAAUCUGGUGAUCCCAUCAUUUUGAAUUGUUUAAAAGGACUUAUCUAUGCUUGAUUUGUACUAGAAUUACAGUCUUUUAACUUAAGGGCUUUAAAGCAAAAUAAAUUUAAGAAUAAUUCCAGUUUACCAGAUUUCGCGAUUCGGAACAUUCGGUACUUUAAGACGUAGUGCAUCCAUGGUGCAUCCUAACCUCAAUCAAGUUUUUUGAAAUCCGAAUUUUGAGUGUGUUUUUUUAAUUAUGGAAAAAUCUUACGCCUUAACCGAGCAUGAGGUUUUCACCCGCGAAUUCCUCACUCUUUACAAGCAAAACCCCAUAUUAUGGCAGCAAAAGCACCCUCAGUACAGAAAUCGGUCCUUGCGUUCGGAGGCAUACGCUACAAUUGUAAAAAAGUGCCAGGAGUUUAACCCCGAAGCUGACGAAGAUUUCGUCCGAAUGAAAAUCGAUUCAAUGCGGUCCACAUUUCGCAAAGAACGCAAAAAAGUAUUGCAGUCAAAAGCAACCGCCACCAAUCCUGAAGACGUCUACAAGCCCUCCUUGUGGUACUAUGAUUUGCUGUUGUUCACUGCGGGGGAGGAGGCCGAGAAUGAAGCUAUGAAUGAAACGGAUGAGGUUUUGUCGCCUGAGGAUGGCAAUUUAGUUAAAAUUCCCUUCUGGAGUCGCGAAUACUCAGCUAUUUUGAUCAAUUUUUACAAAAGUUACCCGUGUUUGUACUCUAUGUCACAUCCGCAUUAUAAAAAUAAGAAGAAAAGAAACGACGCUGUUAAGAAAAUUACGGAAAAGUUGAUGGAAGCCACAGGGAAAUACUUCCAUACGAGCGACGUGCGAAGGAAAAUUUCCCUAAUCCGAGGACAGUUCCUGUACGAGUAUAAGAAAAUUAAAAAUAGUGAGAGUAGGGGAGAAAAUUAUAAACCGACCUUGUGGUGCUUUGAAAUGUUAAGUUUUCUCAACGAGGAAUACGCAAACAAGAACAAAGUUGCGACCAAAAAGGCGGAAAGGCGCAUGAAUUUAAGACCUAAGGUCAAGCGGAAAAAUAGUUCUUCUGACGAUUCAGACGAAGAAAUGAAUGUUAAAAAAGAAUCGGACUCUUCCUUAUCUUCCGAAAGUGUUCAAAUCGAACCAAAGGAAGAAGACGAGGACCAGUUUGACACAACUGGCAAAAGUUUGGCCCGAAUUUUGCGCGAAAUGACCGACGAGCAACGAAUUUUCGCGAAUAAAAUCAUCAGAGAAGUGAUGUAUCACGGCCAAAUGGAACACCUGACAGCUAGUUCAAGGUUUAGUUUAGAUGGCAGUUAAACAAACAGGGUUGUUCAAGAUUGUAACAACUAGAAAAAAUCGAUGAAGGAAAAUUUGGUAACGAAAAAAAUUCUUACUCAUUUGAGGGACCGCGAAUAGUAAAGUUGGUUGGUACAACUGCAAGAUUUUGAUAAAUUGGGGCCCAACGAACGUUGGUACCAUUAUCAGUUUGCAACCUUUGGCGAAGAAAUUGAGGAAAAUUCCUACCAUUCCGUAGAUGUGGAAAAGAGGGAGGAAAACUGGGAUUACGUCCUGGAAAUUGCCCCGAGUCUCCAAAUUGACGACGAAAUCGGGCGACGACAUUUGGUAUAAAUUCGAAACGACGUUUUUGUGAGUAAGUUGCACUCCUUUAGACAGACCUGUGGUCCCGCUGGAGUAGGGCAAAAGGGCAACGUCAUCAGGGUUCAAAAAGUCUGCUAUUUCACUGUUUCUAGUAUCACACAAUUCGCUUAAUUUAAUACACUCAUUUGGUACAUUAUCGCUCUGUAAUAAAAAUAGUGAAAAUGAAAUAAUUUUUCUUAGUUUUUUACCUCAAAAACGGUCGGAAUUGAUCUCCUAAGUAUUUUUGUACAUUUAUUUAUUACUGGCAUGAGUUCGUUGGUCGUAAAAAUUAGUUUCGAGUCUGAAUCGGCGAGUUGGGCGGCCAUUUCAUCUACAAUUUUAUUUAUUACUGUAUUAGUUGUUUGUUUGUUUUAACCUGGGGUGUAAUAAGGGUUUACUGUAGUGACCACAAGCCCAGCUUGAAUUGUUCCUAAGAAAACGAUAGGAAAGUCUGGUACAUUUGGUAGUACAACGGCGACAGUGUCUCCUUUAUUCACUUGGAAUUUAUUACGCAAAACUCCAGCUAAAGCAACGCUUUUGUGGUAAAUUUCACCAAAAGUGUAAGAUUUCGUUGUAUCAAAACAAAUCUAAAUGAAUUUUAGGUACUAACAAUUAUUAUAUAUUUUUUUAAUUGAUAGGACUCACCACAGCGGUUUUGUCAUACCACUUAUCUAAAUGUUCCCACAUGUACUCAUGAAUUAGUUGAUUAGGGAUUAGAAUAUCAGCCGAUUUCGAUUUUAUUAUAUUUGUUUCGUUUGAUUUUGUUCGUGUUGAAAACGCACUUUUGUGCCUACACAUUUUAUUUAAUUUGCAGAUUGCUUGCCUAAUGUACAUUUUUUAGUGUUGUCAUAAAAUUGUGCAAUAAAAUAUUAAAUUAUUGCAUUGUUCUGACAAAAACAUAACCUUGUUUGAAUUAUGCAAUGCAUCAAAAACAAACAUUAUGUCAUGUGCUAAAAGUGUCAUUAGUCAGAAGUGCGGAAAAUGGUAAAUGCCAUUCAUUUUAAUUUUUUAAUAAUUUAAAAAUCUGUAUAAUAAUCACUGAUCAGUAAAAUAGACUUUUUCGGACUCAGAUGCCACAAAAUAAAUUAUUCGAAAAGACAAAAAGUGAGCAUGUUGUGUAAUGUUGCUUGCAUAGUUUUUUAAAUUUUGUUGUAAUUUUGGAAAUUAUGAUUUUACAAAAAUUCUGAUGUGCUUACAGCUCUGCAAUAAAGUUAAUUAUUUACACUUA